GGGUACUAGGGUCUGGUGAACGUAGAUGACGUCACUGUCACGAAGCAUUAUAAGGAUUGUAAGAUCUGUGACUUUACACCGAUAUGGCCGAUCAGGGGGAGCAGUACGAAAAGUCUUGGAUUCUACAUCAUAUCCUUGACAGGUAUAUAGGGAGCCCAGAGGAAGUGGAAACGAGGAGGAGGCGUGUGCUUCAGCUUGAGCUAAUAACUUGUGGGAGACUAGUUACCUUUUACACAGGAGGUGGGGCCGAAGGAAUCAGGUUGAAAGGCUCAGACACAGAUACAAUGUUGAUUGACAAUAACGUGAUUGUGUUGUGUCCUUUCCAGGAUUCCAGUAUUCCACAGGACAGCAAAGAUAAAACAGUUUUCAUGAUGAGAGAUGCUGACAGCCGACCUGGUUACGUGAACCUUGAACUAGUUAAUCAGGGACCGACACGCAAUAAACUAAUCAACUAUUCAAUCGUUCGAGAUGGAAAUGCAUUUUUCAUAUCAAGUGAAAUGUGUAGACGGAAUUUAGCUGAUUCAGCUGGUAAUAUGACAAAUUCAAUUAUGGAAACACACGGCCCAGCUGUUACUCUGACGUCUGUACAAAGCAAAACACAAUUUGAUCAUGAUCUUGUAGUUGCGUUUCAUUGUACUAGAUGGCCACGAGAAGCUUACGAGUGGGUGAGUCGACCUCGUCAGCAUAGUUGGCCAGAUAAAUCUUUGAGAGAUGAGAUAGUACAGGGCGGUUGGCAUCUGGUCCCUGUAGGAGACAGAACAUCUGCUGAUACAUUCCUACAAUGGCGGAUUUCAUUUACAACUGCAGAAAGGAAGCUCAUUCAUUCGCUUACUCAUACACAAUUUCUAAUAUAUGGACUUCUCAAGUACUUCCUCAAGCAAAUAUCAGACAGGUUGAAGCCGAUAUUUGGGGAUGAAGAUAUCCUAUCAUCCUAUAUCAUGAAAACAGUAAUGUUUUAUGCUGUGGAAUCCACACCUGGAUCGUUAUGGCAAGAAAAAAACACAUUUUUUUGUUUUAUGCUUUGCUUCAGGUUUUGAUU